AUGCGCGCGGUUGCCUCGUCCCGAGUCGCGGCGCGACGAUCGCGCGCGCGCGGUGACGCGAGGGACGGGCGCGGGCGAUCGACGGUGACGCGAGGGGCGAACAAUGAAAAUCGAUACGGUGCGUGCUGGCCGGGCCGCGCCGAGGUCCCGGCGAACGUCGCCGCGCUCGGGAACGGGAACGUGAAGCGAAUCGCGUUGCUCGGCUCCACCGGGUCGAUCGGGACGCAGACGUUGGAUAUUUGUGAGGAACAUCCGGAUAAGUUUGAGGUUGUGGCGCUGAGCGCCGGACGCAACGUGGCGCUCGUCGCGGAGCAGUGCGCAAAGUUUAACCCCGCGCUCGUGAGCGUGCAAAGAGGCGAGGACGUUGAAGCGCUGAAGAGUGCGAUUAACGCGAGGGGGGCGAAGAUGCCGGAGAUUAUGUACGGCGAGGACGGCAUGGUUGAGGUCGCUCGUCAUGAGGAUUGCGACUCCGUCGUGACCGGUAUCGUCGGGUGCGCGGGUCUUCCACCGACGGUGGCGGCGAUCAAGGCGGGCAAAAAUAUUUGCCUCGCGAAUAAGGAGACCCUCAUCGCUGGCGGUCCCGCGAUCGUGCCGCUCGCGGUCAAGCACGGCGUGAAGAUUUUGCCAGCGGAUUCCGAGCACAGCGCGCUCUUCCAGUGCAUCCAAGGCAUGCCGGAGGGAGCGCUUCGGCGAAUCAUUCUUACCGCCUCGGGCGGCGCGUUCCGUGACAUGGACCUUGCGACCAUGCGCGAGCUCGCUGUGUCCGAUCCCGCGGCUUUACAUAAGAAGGCGACGACGCACCCCAACUGGGACAUGGGCGCGAAGAUUACGUGCGACUCGGCGACGUUGAUGAACAAGGCACUGGAGGUGAUUGAGGCGCACUACCUCUACGGUACGUCGUACGACAACAUCGAUGUCGUGGUGCACCCGCAGUCCAUCAUCCACUCCAUGGUCGAGACCGUGGAUAGCUCCGUCUUGGCUCAGAUGGGCUGGCCGGAUAUGCGCCUUCCGAUUCUUUACACGAUGUCUUGGCCGAACCGCGUCGAGUGCUCCGAGGUUACUUGGCCGCGCCUGGACUUCGUCAAGAUGGGCGAUCUCACGUUCCGCGCUCCGGACUACGAGAAGUACCCGUCUCUUCCGAUGGGUUACGCCGCCGGCCGCGCGGGCGGUACCAUGACCGGUGUCUUCUCCGCCGCGAACGAACAAGCCGUCGCCAUGUUCCUCGACAAGAAGAUGGGCUACUUUGACAUUUACAAGGUCAUCGAGAUGGCGAUGGAGGAUCAUAAGAAAGAUUUGGUCCUCGAUCCCACGCUUGACGAUAUCGUGCACUACGACCUGGAGGCUCGUCGCUUCGUCAAGGAGCUCGUCGAGUCUGGCAAGCUCAAUGGCGCCGUGCCCGUGUAA